AUGGCCGACGCCGCCGCGAGCCCCCCGAAGCAGAGCGCUGCCGGUGCGCGGCCGCAGCUCACGACGACGAUGCGCAGCAGCUCGUACCUGAGCGACCACCAGCAGUACCGGCCGCCGCGCCAGCCCGAGCCGCAUCAUGGCAUCGACACCGUCGUCGAGGACAUUAGCCCGGCCGCCGUCAGCCCGCACCGAGGGUCGCCGACGGCGCGGCCCAUCAUGCCCUUCAACGGCAUCCCCUCCGAGGACAACCCCCCGACGAUAGUGGACAGCGGCGUGAGCCACAGCUUCUCGCACCCCAACUGCGCGCCCGCCGGCGGCCGGUCCACGGACCGCCUUGUUGCGACGCUCUUCUACAAGUCGGCCGACAGGGGGUCGCCGUUGACGGCCGCGACGGGGGCAAGAGGCGGCACCGGCGGCGCUCUUUCGGACAGCAACGAGUCGCUCCCGGCCAACAUGGCGCCGACCACGAACAUGGACGCCUUCCCGCUCGAGCCGCCCACGCACGAGUCCGAGCAGCUCGACCACCUCUACGGCUCGUACAUCUCGCCGCUGUGCAUCACCUCCUUCCUCCACCUCAUGUCCACGUUCCCCCAGCCGCAGGGCGCCGAGCCGCCGCACUCGUCGCAUCGCUGCCUGGACAACUCGGACAACCCGCGCGUCGUCGAGCUGACCCUCACGCCCGCCCCGUCGCCAAAGUAUCUGGCGCUGUCCGACCUGCGGAAGCACGAGAUGAUAUACCGCUUCGAGCAGGAGUGGAACGUGGACGUGGCCCUGCAGCGGGACCUGGUCUGGAGGCGGCACCCGCGCCUUGUAGUCUUCGACAUGGACAGCACGCUCAUCACUCAGGAGGUGAUUGAGCUCAUGGCUGACACCAUCAAGGACCCCCCUAACCUGGCGGCGCGCGUGGCCGAGAUUACGCAUCGCGCCAUGCUCGGCGAGCUGGAGUUCGAUGCCUCGUUCAGGGAGCGCGUCGCGCUGCUCAAGGGUGUCGAUGCGGCCGUGUUCGAGGACCUAAGACCGGUCCUGGACGUUACCAAGGGCGUGCGGCAGCUCAUCAAGGCCCUGCGACGGCUCGGCGUCAAGACGGCCGUCCUCUCUGGCGGCUUCCAGCCGUUGACGAGUUGGCUCGCCGGGGAGCUGGGCAUCGAUUACGCCCACGCCAACGAGGUGGUCAUCGCAGACGGCAAGCUGACGGGCGAGACCAGGGGCACCAUCGUCGGCAAGGAGCGCAAGCGCGACCUGCUCGUCGAGAUCGCCGCAAAGGAGGGCAUUGACCUCGCGCAGGUCGUGGCCGUGGGUGACGGCGCCAACGACCUCCUCAUGCUGGAAAAGGCCGGCCUGGGCGUCGCCUGGAACGCGAAGCCGCGGGUGCAGAUGGAGGCGGACGCACGGCUCAACGGGGAGAGCCUGCUGGAUCUGCUGUUCCUGUUUGGCUUCACGAGCGAGGAGGUUGAGAUGCUGGCCAAGUAG